AGGGGCUUAAAAAUAGGUCAGGGAAAAGCCCUGGGCCAGUGGUGGAUUUUGGCCUGGUGGGAAAAGAGUUAAACAAUGAUGCAGCGUAUUUGUAGAUUGUUCUCAAUCGGAGUCCAGGAAGAUCACUCCCUCACCUUUUCUUAGCAUACACCUAAAAUAUUUAACACUUUCCACCUGCGAAAAGCGCACAACAUUUGUCCCCACGGACCAGGAUGCAGAUGCGGUAGGCCUACAUCAGUACUACUCCUGUAUCUCACUAAAAAAUACCCCAACUAUUUAUGAAAUUUUAAGUAUACUGAGCAGAUUAAAAGUGAUGAUAGCGUUUUAACCCUAUAAAGGAAUUAGAAUUGGAACUGAAAACAUUAGAUCUAGCUCAUUCAUCUCCCGAAUUCUCAUCAUGGCAUGUAUGAGAAAAGCAGCUUUCAUGCUAGGUCUAUUGGAUAUUUUUCCAAAAAGUUUACUCCCAUUAUUGUAUUCAAACUGAUUUUUUUUUUUACCUCAAAGGCCUCACAAACCAUCCAGAAAGGAAAUUUAACUUUAACAAGUGCAUAUGUCAAAAAGAAGAUCAUUGCAGCAAUGUUUUUGUUGCUACAUCACACCCUCGCCGAUUGGCGCCCCAUGGGGGAAAGAGACAGCUUCUUACCAUCGCCGAUCGGUGUCCUGUGGGGGCAAAAUUAUUAUGUGAAAAGCACUUCUCUAUCUGUUAAAUUCUGACUCAGAAAAGAUUUCAGCAGAUAGGAGGAUUCUUGAUGACACUGAAUAAAUUUUAUAUAUCUGUAAUGUCUGCUACGGCUUAUAAACUAGUGCUGUUUAUUUGUUAAAAAUUUGUAAAAUUAAAAAAUAUUACUUGCUGCGGCUUAUUACAUUCUUAACAGCCAGAAUCUUACCAUUUUUAGAAUAAGUGUAGAAUUGUCUUCAGCUUGUUUUGUCUUUUCACAGUUCUGGGGCAGACAGACUUACACACUGCCAGCCUCCCCUGUUGCCUAAAGAUUUGGUUGUCUGAGUCUCAGAUGCCCACACUUCAUCCUGUCUUACUACAGGUGACCCAAUGGCAAUAGGAUUUACGUGAACUAUGGCGACCUCUUCCAUACAAGGAAUUGUUCACGUUGUGAUGCUGGUGGCCAUCAUCGUCUUUGCCAGUCAGUACCACCAGCUGGGGCUCAGGUAUGAGGAACUCUUGCAGGCCUGCAAGGGUGGACACAGCUAUAAGGAAUACGAGCUGACAGAGAAUAGAGAAUCAUCUUUUAAGCCCAGACGUCCAGUGGAAGAAUCUGGUUCGAAGUACCACACCAGGUCUGAAGAUCUGUUGACAUCUUCUUCGGCUGUGGAACCAGGGCUGGGUACGAGGGUGUCACAGAUGGACCUAAGUGUUGAUGUAUAUCAGGGAACAGAGAAAAUACAACUGGGGACAUCUCAGCUACAUUACAUCUCUCAAAGUCCUCUCAACUCAGAUCAAAUCGUGUUUCAUGCAACAGAUAAUUUUUUGUCCACCUCAAAACAUACCAAGUUGCAAGACAAGGAGACUGUGUCUUUAGACUCCGUGACGAGUGUAGUAGAUGUUCCUGUAACUUCUGAACCAGAACAAACAAAUCCUGUUACUUCCCUUGAUUUGUGGGAACAUGUGAAGACGCAGCCUACUGCUCCAGCGUCUGGCUCAGAUUCAUUGACUGUUUCUUUUGUUUUCUCGUCUUCCUCUCUAACUGAGCAACAGCAUUUAUUGAAGAACACUGAAUAUAUCAAUAGAAAUGUUUUUACUUCGGGGCCUCGGGUCACGGCUGAUGAUUCUCUCCUGAAUAUUGAUGAUGCUGCAAAGGCUGAUAUUGUUUUAUCUGAUGCAUCUGUGGACAGUAUUAUAACUACUCCAACUUCAAUAUCAUUAUCUCAGUUUGAAGCACAUUUGAAAUCUUCGCAAAAGUUUGAAAACUUUGGCUCCACUGAAUUACAUGACAGUGAUUUUGACCCACUCUAUUAUGAAGAGGACUUUGAAUCAGAUUCGUACCUUGAUGAUUAUGUGAAUGGUGUUGGCGAGAACAGAAUAAACCAUAGCUGGGAAGAUUCUGAAGCUCCUGUCAAAGAGCAGCUGUCUGGGUUUGAUGAGUGUGAACAAACUAAUUCUCAAAGCAACACAAAGUUUGAUUACUGUGAUACCCAAACGUACAAAAGGCCAAGCUUCUCUAAGAAGAUGCUCAAAUAUGUGGAAGUUCUCAGUGCUGCAGAUAGAGAAAAACUUGGGUCAGAGGGUACGUCGGUUUGGUGCAGUGACCUUGACAGGUCGGGGUCUUCGUGCCAUAUACAGAACCUCUGCUACAACACUGCUCAACACGACUUUGUUUUUCUGAAAAGUGAUACCAGUAUCAUUGAAGCAAGUUCUCAGGAGUUUUAUGAGGGACAAAUUUCUCUCAGCCUAUCGGCAAUUCCUGACCAUAAUGCUUACAUUUUCCGGCCUGUGACCAUUCCUGGGAAGUCUGUUAAUGAAUUUUCUGUCUCCAUCAUGAGAAAAACCACCUUCCUGAUGAGUCGUUUUAAACCUGAUAACAUAAUGCAUGUUUUCCAUGACGACUUGUUCCCUUUAAUACACACUCUGGAUUCUAUGAAAUUUCAAAGAAGAAAACGUAAGUUCGAUGUUGUUAUAAUGUUUGCAGAUCAUUACGACGAAGGAGAUCUUCUUCCACUCUACUCUAGUGUGUCCACGGAGAGCCCCAUUACUUUAUGGAAAAGUAACUUUCCAUCAGACUUGGUGUGUUUUGAAAGUGUUUACCUUGGGUUGUCAAACAAAACUUUAUGGUAUCAGUACGGAUUUUCUGUCCCCCAGGGUCCUUUACAUUAUAUUGACAAAUUUGCAACUGGAGUAAACGUCUACAGGGCUGCACGGUAUGCUGCUCAGGAUCUGUUGUCAGAUUGUAUUUUCUGCUCCAGUGGAAGCUACCUAGUCUUAUUGUCUCGGAAAGACACACGACUCAUUGUCAAUGAAGGGGAACUUAUUCUAGCUGUAGCCAGAGCUACAAAAUUAAAAGUCAUGUCUGUAAGUCUGGAGACCCACAGCUUAGCUGAGUUAGUUACUAUUGUGAAGAAUUCAAAGGGGAUUCUAGGAAUGCACGGUUCCUUAUUUUCAUUGGCUGCUUUUUUACCUCCUGGCUCCGUUGUUAUAGAACUUUUCCCCUAUGCUGUGAAUCCGUCUAAAUACACGCCCUUUAAGAGUUUGUGUGAACUGGGUGGCUAUAGUCUUAUUUAUAGAUCGUGGACAAACCCAAGCAGAGACAACUCAGUCCCUCAUCCGGGCUGGCCAUCUGACGUUGGUGGUAUCCAUCACCUGUCUCCUGAGGCGCAACAAGAGAUCAGUAGCCAAACGGAGGUGCCCAAUCACCUUUGUUGCGAGGACCCAUCGUGGCUCUACCACAUCUACCAGGACACCGUGGUGGACAUUGAUUCGGUUGUGACUAUAGCUGCUUCUGCUUUAUCCCAAGCUGAGGUUUUUGCUAAUUCAUCAAGGAUGUCUGAAUCGGUAUCAGGGCAGGACUCCAUCAUUCCUGGAGCUGUGAGCUCAUUACUAUGCAAUCUCGUAGACAAUUCCUUUACCCUGUCCUGGACUCCACCUUGGAAUGUGGAAUUUGUUUCUCAUCAGACUUUUACAUAUCAUCUUGUAUUUCAGGAAAGGGGCACUGAGAUGGUCCAUGACAAAGAGUUGCCUAGUUCUGUGACAAAGUACUCCCUGCAGCACAAAGGUAACCACCGUGAGGCAGAAUUCAACAUAUGGCUGAGAGCUGUAUUUGAUGGUACUAGGAAAGGCCCCCCUAGUUUUGUUACCUGUAAGGUCCCUAGAUGACAGGCAGCUGUGAUGUAGUGGUCAGUCUCCUCACUGUCUCAGGAAAAAGAUCUAGAUUCGGUCCUUGGGCAGGGAAAUUAUUUUCUCAAGUAUCUUUUUAUCUUUCUGCUGGGAUACUGUUUCCCUCUCCUCAAUCCUGGAUUGACUAAGCAAAACAGGGUAGAAGCAGCCCACAUCCGAGAUGUCAAUGGAGGUGCAAAACAUUUGCAGUCCAUUCUAGUCAUUAUUAAUUUUAACAGCAUAUGAACCUCCGAAAGAAGGGAAUUGGAAUCUACUCAUUUCUUGACAUACAUGGUCAGUCCCAUAAUUUUAGGAAAACAAAAUGGAAAAUGGUGUCAUUUGAGUCCCCAGUUCCAGUAUUCCUCUAUCAAAUGGACUAAAAAGUAUAACUGAUACUGGGAAAUCUAGUCAGGAAAAAAAGUUUAAUGAACUACAGUCAAACCUCUCCCAGACCACCAUCCAUUGUUGAAGAGAAAGAUCAUCAUCUUAGACUGGUGGCCUUCUUGGACUGUCCCAUCAUAGUAUUUAUUGAAAAUAAAAAAGCUUGGGGAGGGGAGAGGAGUGAGAAGGUGGUUGCCUUGGAAAGGUGGUUGUUAGACUUCAAGCAGUGAGGUGAACUCUUGGUAUUUUAUAGAGUUUUACUUUAACUUGAAGUCAUUCAAGUUCCAGUCUGUCGGAGACUCAUUGGAAAAAA